CAAUGUGUACCUAUCAUAUCACAUCUCCUUUUUUUAGGGUACAAAUAUCAGGACCCCAGGAUUGCACCUUGAUCUGCAAACAGUGCCCCAUUCUUUCUUCAAUUGAAGGACGAAAUGGCGGGCGACCCGGUUAAUAUCAAUGAGUUCCAAGAACUGGCCCGGCAAGCUCUGCCCAAGAUGUACUACGACUACUACACGGGAGGAGCCGAGGACGAGCACACCUUGAGGGAGAACGUCGAAGCAUUUCAAAGAAUCACGUUUCAGCCAAGGAUUCUUGUAGAUGUGAGCAAUGUAGAUGUAUCAUCGUCGAUAUUGGGGUACAAUGUUUCAGUACCGAUCAUGAUCGCCCCGACCGGAAUGCAUAAACUGGCCCACCCAAAAGGAGAGAUGGCCACUGCCAGAGCUGCUGCAGCAUGUAACACAAUCAUGGUGCUAUCAUUUUCAUCUAAUUGCACCAUUGAGGAGGUUGCUUCCAGCUGCAAUGCAAUCCGUUUCUAUCAGUUAUAUGCAUACCAAAGACGAGAUGUUUCGGCGAAGUUAGUACAGAGAGCCCAGCAGAACGGAUUCAAGGCUAUCGUCCUCACUGCCGAUGCUCCUAAGUCCGGCCGUCGGGAAAGGGACAUAAAGAAUAAAAUGGUUGUGCCCAAGUUGAAGAAUCUUGAAGGUCUCUUGUCAGUGGAAGUCGACUCAGAAGGAGGGUCGAAGUUUGAAGCCUUUACAUCACGGACCAGAGAUCCUUCUUUGAAUUGGAAGGACAUUGGCUGGUUGAAGUCUAUAACAACCUUGCCGAUUCUAAUAAAAGGUGUGCUCACUGCAGAAGAUGGAAACAUUGUUCAUGGCCGAGCGGGCAAGGUGAUUUUCUCUAUUGAUUUCGCAGCUAGAAUGGCGGUCGAUGUAGGUGCAGCAGGUGUGAUUGUAUCAAACCAUGGCGCUCGCCAGCUUGAUUAUGUGCCAGCUUCAAUAUCUGUUCUUGAAGAGGUAGUUAAAGCUGUCGACGGAAGAGUUCCUGUUCUCUUCGACGGUGGAGUCCGGCGUGGAACUGAUGUUUUCAAAGCCCUAGCUCUUGGAGCACAAGCUGUUAUGAUCGGGCGGCCGGUGAUCUACGGCCUGGCAGCGAAGGGAGAACACGGCGCCAGGCAGGUCAUCGAAAUGCUGAGGAAUGAGCUUGAGCUGACCAUGUCGCUCAACGGAUGCCGCUCCAUAAAGGACAUUACUAGGAGCUACGUACGGACAGAACACGAACGGUUGAGAUCGUCUCUUUGAUGUUUUCGGUCGAGAAAUCGUCCAAAUUAAUAAAAGGUGGGUCACUCAAUUUCUUAAAUAAAUUUCCAACCGGCUUGUGAAAGUUUCAUAAUCAAGCAUUAGAUUAUGAUGGGUCCCAUUUUUCAAACUGAGUUGCACCAAGUUCAUUGUGCAACUCCAAAUAAGCAACAUCUCAAUUCAUAAGAAUUGUUACAAAUGUGAGUAGAUCUCUUUGAUUUGUAUAUCUGUUGGAAUGAUUCAAUAAAGUACGAAAGCCAGGAUCCUUCCGGAAAUGGAUUUCUAUUCAAA